UAAUUACCAUUAAAAAUAAGAGAAGAGUGAAGAGUUAAUAGAGAGAAGAAAUCAGAAAUAUAUUAUAUCUAUUAUCUUAAUCUCUGAAUAGUUUUUCUCUCAUUUUAUAACACGUUAUCAGCACGAAUUUGCUCAAAAUCCCAGAAUCCUUGUUCUUCUCAGAAGGUAUAUUUAUUUUAUUUUCUUCAUGAACAAAUUAAAAUAUUUUCUUAAAAACUAUGAGAAGUAUGCUCUGUGAUUGCCCAAAGUUGGGAUCCUUCACAUCAGAAACUUAUAGUUAUAAAAUUAAUAUUAGAUAAUUAAAAGGAAGAAGUUUCCUCAUAAUAAUAAAAAAAAUCAUUUUUUAAUAAACUAAAAACAAAGAGUUGAUUUAAUACGAAUUAUUUAAGAUUAAAAAAAAUUAUUUUUUAAAAUAAAGACUGUUCUUGAAAGAAAAAAAUAUCAUUAAAAUCAAGAUAUGAUGAACUUACCUUCCUGCUACUCUUGAAUUCUUCUUGUACACAUCUUUGAUAGAAAUAGAUAAUCUCACUUUAUAAUAUUAUUUUUUUUUAUCCUUUUCUCUCGUUAUAAGAUUUUUUUUUUCUCAAAUUUGGGUUUAAGAAUGAAGAUGAAAAUAUGGUAUGAUAUAGCAUGAAUAAAGGUAUAAGGAAUCAUAUACAAAGUAAAAGCAUGUCACUGUGGGAGAAAAUAUUAAUAUAGUACUCCGUAUGUGGUGAAGCAGACAACUUUUAACUUGUGUUUUAUAUUCUUCUAUUCAUUAGUUCUCAAAAAGGAAUCAAAUUUAAAUUUGUGGUGAGGAGAAUUUAAAAAAAAACAUUUUUUUUGCUGACAUAGUAGACGUACAAGUGUACAACACCUUUUAUUUUGAUUAAUAUGCUUGUCUCUUUUACUUGAUUGAUUUAAUAAAGGAAUCAUCUACUCCGUAUAUACUUUGGAUUUCAAACAUUGCAUUUUUUAAAAUUAUGUAUUAUUUUUUUUUAAAAAAGGAACAAUUUCUUGGUUCAAUUAAAUUUUCAUAUGUACAACAUUAGUUAUAAUUUUUUUUUAAAUUUAUCAUGUUGUAGUUAUUCCAUGGCCAACAUCACCAAAAGAGAAUUCGACAUUCUUGAUUUAUCCGGUCAAAGGUACCUGGAAUGGAGGGUUGAUGCACUUGCUCACCUUAAAGCUAAUGGCCUCGAAAAUACAAUUGCUGAGAAUAAUACAUCUUCAUCUCAGCAAAAGGCAAAAGCCAUAAUUUUCCUUCGCCACCACCUUCAUGAAAGCCCACCGGUUGUACCCCUACAAAUUUUGGUCAUCCUGAUCGUGGUUCAGCACCAGAAUCAAAUGUUAUUCAAGGUGGUGCACGCGGACACUUUAAACGUGGACGCGGAAAUAACCGCAACAAAGGGCCAAAUAGGGGAUAUAAACAUUCAAAUGAAUCAUCCUCCAAGGGAAAAGGAAAAUUCAAACCACCACAGGCUAAAACUCAUGAAAAGCCAAAACCAAGUGGUGAAUGCUANUUAAAAGGCAAGAGACAAUAUUUGAAACAAAAGAUGUUCAUUCUUCAAGGAAAGAAAAUGAACAAAUCGAGCAUUACAUAAAAUUAGAAUGGGUUCCUAAACUAUACCCAUUUCACGAAGUACCAUCAUUAAUUGAAAAAUGAACAUUCAAGGGGGAGUGUUAUGAAAUUAAUGAUUGUUCAUUUAUUCAAUUAAUCAGGUCUAAUUUCCAGAAUAGUAGAUUAAGACACCCAUUGAUGAGUAUCAAUUUAGUACAGUCCUUCCCACUUGUAUUUGUAUUCAUACUAAGCCUCUCCACUAUAAAUAGAGGCUUAAUCCCUGCAUUGUAAUUACCAUUAAAAAUAAGAGAAGAGUGAAGAGUUAAUAGAGAGAAGAAAUCAGAAAUAUAUUAUAUCUAUUAUCUUAAUCUCUGAGUAGUUUUUCUCUCAUUUUAUAACAUAGGGGAAAUAUUCUAGGGGGCACUUUUUGAAUCGGUUGAACAACCGGUGCAAAAAGUAAUUACACCAAUGGCCUCGUUACCUUUUGCAUCGCUUGUUAACCGAUUUAAAAGAUAAAAAAUAGAAAUAUUUUCACUAAAUAGCACUAAAACUUAAGUCAUUUCUCUAAAUAGCACUUAGAUUGUUUUUUUCCCUAAAUAGCACUUUAUAAAGUCCAUA